GAAGUUCUGCUGUAUUCAUCUGCUGUAUUUUCAUGUUCUGCAAAGAGUUAAUGUAGCUCAAAUUCUGUUUGCAGCGGGUCUUGCAAUUUUUGUCGGUUUGUUAUUAAAGUAAGUUUUUAGCCUUUUGUGUCCUUGAAAAGCAAAUUACAGCAUAUGUCUUUUUGGUGAAGAACAUGGCCUCUGGUAACAUGAUGCAAACAGAGGUGUCAGUCGCUGCUUCUUUCAUCAGCGGUUUACUGAGCAGCAGCGACUCUCUGACUGCAGAUCAGCUGCAGAUCUUCACUCACACACUCACUGAUGCUCUGCUGGAGCACUAUCAGCACCACUGGUUUCCUCAAGCUCCCUGCAGAGGCUCUGGCUACAGAUGUUUACGGAUCAACCAUAAAAUGGACCCGCUUAUAGGAAAAGCAGCCUCUGCUGUUGGAUUUACACAAGAGCAGCUUUUCUCAUCGCUUCCAGUAGAGCUGACACUGUGGGUGGACCCUUACGAGGUGUCCUAUCGGAUCGGUGAGGAUGGAUCCACUUGUGUUCUCUACAAGUCCUCUCCGCUACGGCCUAAAAGUGCCACCUCAGCAGAUACAUCAGCCCACAGGAAGGAGAAACUAAAAACCAGACGAUCGAAUCGAUCAAAAAGGUUCGACGUAAUGGAAAGGUCUCUGUCAUGAAAGAUUUUGAAACCCUCUCUCUGUGUAAAUUUUGCACUUGUUUAAAACAUUAAAGAAGAAACUGAAUGUGGAACAUAAAUGUUGCAUCUUACGUACGUUCACAAGCACAAAGAUCAUGAUGAUUUCAUAUUUGUUCAUGGAUGAUGUGUAAUCUUUUUAUCAAAACUGUAUUGAUGCUUUCUAAUGAAAACACUCACUUUCAUGUAUGAAUCAUGUGAAUGCACUAAUUUUCCUCCCAAGUAUGACAAAUGGAAAAAUAGGUUAAUAUGGAAAAAAACGUGCAGAAUAAUAUCCAGACUUUCCACAAAGAUGCUUUGCCUACAGUAAUAAUUUUGCCCAUCAUUUUCUUAAUCUGCAUUGUUAAACUGUCUAGUCUGUCUUGGCUCUUUCUUUCUCUUCUCCUUUAAUUUCAUCCUGUGUCCCAUCAGGUUAGGUAACGGCACCCAGAGGGAGGUCGAGGAAGUGCCUUUUAGAAGUCUUGGCAUGCAUUUGUUUGAACACCUGCUUAAUUCUGUUCCCAGGUUAACAAAUGGCUCAGAUCCAAUAUGAUGUAAUAACGGGUAUACGGUGCCCAAAAACCUGCAGAACUCUGUUAAAGCAACCAUAAAGAUUGCCCAAAUCUGAAAGAUUCACUUUGGCUUAAUGAAAAACAGGGGGACAGACGUUUUUCUCCCUCUUCUCUCAAUUCAUCCCCUGAUACCUCCCAAACAAACCCAGCUGCAUUUCUAACAAUAAAGCUUUUCAGCAUCACAUAGUGAUGGAUUUUAAGUUAGCAAGUUUUAAAAGUUCACCAUAUUCAAACAUGCUAUCCAAGAUUCCUGAACUAAUAAUGAUUUCCUGUUGAAUUCUGUCCUUUAUUUCCAUAGCCAGCACUGUUCAUUCCCCCCCAGUACUUUCCCUCAGUUUUUCCGAAUCACAGUGUUUCCUGAAAAUGUCUCAUGGCUUACUUGCGUUGUCAGGUUACUGAUGUGCAUGUAAACAGGGAAAACUGGUUAUUUUAAUAAGCUGAUAUUUGUGAGUUAUCAUCUUACUGGUGUGCAUAAAAAGAUGGAAUAUUGUCAGAUUCUGCUUAUUCACAAGAAGACAGCAAAAUAUAUCAAUUUCAGUGUUGUUUUUAUCCACUUUACUCCACAAUUUCAAAACAUAUUGACAAAACAAUUGCAUAAAGUGGAUCACAGCAAUUUAUUUGAUGCAAGCGAUCUGUUAAGACAGCACAGAGGGGGUUAAGGGCCAGUCUCAUGAAGUGUUUUUUAACUGUUCACAGGCAGUCACGACAGAGACACUCUUUAAAGGUCUCAUUUUACUCUGAGGCUGUGACACACUGCACUGCUCCUCUCUCUUCUUCACUCAGCACAACAGCCGUUUCUCCUCACAUGAUGAUGGAGCUGAGGAUUUUACUGUUUUUCGUGACCGUGCCCUGGAUAUUUUGUGAACCGACAAGAACCAGUAAAGUGGUGCCUAAACACAAAGGGAUAUUAAAAAUAGUAGAUGAUGAAGAAUUAAUCUCAGAGAGUAGAACUGUCAUGGAAGCCAGGGAACCAAAG